AUGCCUCCGCUCAAGCGAACGGGCUCAUACGUUCCACCGGACCUGGACUUUACCCUCAGGCGCCAAUUCAAUCGACCAAGCUUCAGACCCCAGCAGCGAGAGAUCAUACAAGCCUCUCUCGACGGCAACGAUGUCUUUGUUCAAGCAGCCACUUCGUUUGGAAAGAGUCUAUGCUUCCAGCUUCCGGCAGUCGUGGAUCAUGGCAUCACCAUAGUAAUAUCACCUCUUUUGAGUCUGAUGAUGAAUCAGGUGGAAUCUCUGCGUGCCGCCGGUAUUGACGCCAGCACGCUAAACAGCAAUACACCUAUGCCAGAAAAGGACCGCAUCUAUAAAGAUCUUCAAACUGGCCAUCCUCGGACGCGGCUACUCUACGUGACCCCUGAAUUAUGUGCUCUCGAUCGGUUCAGGGGCAUUCUACGAAUUGUCCACGAACAGAGGGAGCUAGCAAGGAUCGCUAUUGAUGAGGCACAUUGCAUAUCAGAAUGGGGCCACGACUUUCGUAAGGAUUUCAAGCGUUUAUCCUGGCUACGUCAAACCUUCCCAGAUGUCCCUAUCAUGUGUCUAACGGCGACCGCCAACAACAAGGUGCGUCACGAUGUUUUAUCCACACUUGGCCUGGACGAAAAAUCGGAAAGCUUAAAAACUUUCAUAAUGACGGCCCAUCGCCCAAAUCUUCAUCUCGAGAUCCGGUUCACGUCGGAUGAGAAAGAUGAGCGCCUCGAAGACUUUAUACAAUGGAUCAGAAGUGUGUAUAAGCGCCGGUCUGCUGAACCACGAAAGACCGAACUUCCUCCCAAUGAACGCGUGGAUAAUGUGCCCGGCAUCAUAUACACAAUUUCACGUGAUGAAUGCGAAAGCCUGGCCGCUUCGCUUCGAGCUGAGGGAAUAGGAGCUCAGCCCUUCCACGCCAAACUCUCCAAGGACGUGAAAGAACAAACCCUAGCACGAUGGGUGGGCAAUGUGCAAGGCUACGAUAUCAUUGUAGCCACGACGGCCUUUGGGAUGGGUAUCGACAAGCUAAAUGUGCGAUUUGUUGUGCACUGGCGCCUCCCCAAAUCAUUCGAGGGCUACUAUCAAGAAGCCGGCCGGGCGGGUCGUGACGGCAAAGCGGCAUACUGCUUUUUAUACUAUAGCCGCGAGGACCGGGACCGCGUCUCGAACCUUGUCAUACGCGACGCACAAAAGAGUGGCAAUGCGAAAAAUUUUCAGGCUCGCGCGGAAAGUCUCCAGAAGCUUGCUAAUUACUGCGAAAGUACCAACGCCUGCCGCCAUGCCCUUCUGUGCCGGUACUUUGGCGAGGAAAAGGUGCCCGAAUGCGACUAUGCUUGUGACUGGCACAAGGACGCUAGCGAUCUUCAAAAGAGGUGGCUCAGGGAGCUGGCUUCUGAAGAAUUCGUUAGCACACAGCGGGAAGAAGGACGAUUCAAUGUUGACUGGGAUGACUAA